AUGUCUCCUUUCUACCCUUUUUGUUGUCUUUUGAUCGUGUUAUCUUCUUUCCUGGUGAUUGGGUUUGCUUUGAUUAGUUGGAACCAGCAAGACGACUGCGGGUGCGGUUUAACUGGCGACAGUUACAUCUGGGGACUACCCCUGCAAGGGGAAUCCCCGGACAGUUUCUUCUCAUGGCAGAAGAUCUUGGAGUACACCGGUUUAGACGGAAGCAAACUAUGUGAUCAUGACAAAAACUCACAUUUAUUGAAUUACUUCGAAAAAAGAAGUUUCAGACUUGACGACGAUGAACUUUUAUUGAGAUCGUAUUGUUCCGCCUACAAGUUCAUUGCGGAAAACGUCAUGUGGGCCUUCCCUAAACCGUCUGACACGAACAGAUUGUUUGGAUGGAUGUCAGACUUCAGCGCCUGGAUCACAGCAUCAGUUCGGACCUUUGACUUUGAACAGGCGUUGGUGGUUUUGCAGAGACGUCUAGAAUCGGUGACAAUUCAUUCGAGAACAUGGAUGGACAACCUGCUCAAUAGUCACAGAGAUAUGGAUGGCCUAGAAAUUACAAAGAAUCUCCUACUGGCCUAUAUCAUCUGGAGGAUGUCAGGCCUGAUCUACCACAAGCAAUGUUGGUUUUCUAAAGGCUCAACAAAAGGUAAACCACAAAUGCAUCUGGUAUCAAGGGAUUUGAUGAAUACUAUCGCGUCCAACUACGUUGUUACCGAGUUGCUGAAGACCUGCCCGAAUUACCAUACCUUCCACUUACAGAGCAGGUCAACAAAUCGCCUCGUUUACAUGAAAUGUUUGCGGUCAGAGGCCACUAAAACAGCCAAGUUAGCCCUGAAUCGGGAAGAGCGCAUUUUGAAAAGUAUGAAACACAGGAAUAUCAUACGUGUUGUGGACUGGAUAGCCACGGGACCAAUGCAGUGCCUUGGUUUGGAAUAUGCUAAACACGGGCAUCUACAGAUGGCACUCUCAGGUCAUCUGGACGAUUUUCGCAUGGUUGAGAAGAUCGCUGUGUUUCGCCAAGUUGUACGAGCAGUAGCGUAUUUACACAGGGCAGGCUUCGCCCAUCUCAAUAUCCAGGCCAACAGUGUUGCAGUUUUCCAGAAAUGGUCUCUCGUCAAACUGUCUGGAUUUGGUCAGGCGACAAAGGUAACCCGGAACGGGGUUAGUCCUAUUCGAAUCCUGAAUCAAGCCGGUUCUAUCUCCGCCCCUAAGAACGAGCCGUGCGACCCGCUCAAAGCGGACAUUUGGGCUUUGGGCGUUCUUUUCCUCUUCAUCCUAACCGGCGAAGCCGAAACAUGCAAUGCAGAUCCUAACUACGAGAAACUGUCCUCUGUUCUCCAGAACGACCCUAAAUACCAGAAAGGUAUUAAGAGCCUGAUGUCAGGCAUGUUGUCUUCGGAUCCACGGCGACGUCCAUCCGCCCCGGCGAUCCUUUCUCACCUGGAGAAACUAGAGAAAUAAGCUGUAUUUUCCUGAAUGAAGUCAGAACGAACAUCAGAAACUGCUCAUUUUGGCUAUAAUCAAUACAUGAUUUGGCUCAAAAAAGAUGUAUCAGAUCAUAAAUACUGGGAUUAGAAACUAUUUCUAUCAUAUUUCGACAUUAACGUCAAGUUUAUAUACUAUUCAUG